AUGCGUCUUUUCAAAAGCAGAGCUCCACCCGCUCUAGUAGCAUUGUGUGCGCUUAGCCAGCCAGCCUACUCUGCACCCACCUCAAGCAGUGCUGCCGUGGUCCCUGGUCCUACCAUGAUCGACUUUGACGACGAUGGCGUUGUUGGUGGGCUUUAUCGCCCAUCAGUAAAUAGCGCAAGGUCGAGUAUUGCAGUAUAUGUGAUGCACGCCGAAAGCGACUACCUGUCGAUCUCCGCUUGCACAGAGCUGCCCCAGCGCGGCUUAACCACACUAUGUGCAAAUAAUGCUGCCGACAAGACAGGCGUGAUGUCGACCAUCUAUUUCGAAGAUGAACUCACCCAGGUUGAUCAGGGGAUGCGGUACCUGCGCAACUUAACUGGAAUUGACAAGGUUGUGUUGUUCGGUCACAGCGGCGGUGGUGCCAUGAUGGCUGGUUAUCAGGACGUUGCUGAAAAUGGCGUCAGUGCAUGCCAGGGCCCAGAGAAGAUCCAUAAUUGUACCGACUCUGUUGCUGGUCUUCUUCCUGCUGAUGGUAUCAUGCUCAUUGAUGCCAACUAUGGACUCGGGAGUAUGCCCUCUUUGAGCUUGAACCCUGCUCUAACUGGUCCCCAUGGCACGACAGUGAACCAAACUUUGAACCUAUUCAAUCCUGCUAAUGGGUUCGUCAAUGGUGCUUCGUCCAACUUCACCGCUGAUUUCAAGAAGAGAUACCAAGCCGCGGUGGUGAAGCGGAACAACGACAUCAUCAGUUAUGCACAGGACCGACUUGCCAAAAUUGAGUCCGGAAAGACUGGCUUGACCGAUGAUGAGCCUUUUUAUAUCACCAAUGCCGCAUACGGAACGAUGAACAACAAGUUCUUUCCCCAGGACUUGAACUAUAUCGCCCACACUACGUACCCAUGGAAGCUACUUCACAAGGACGGAAAGAUCACCAACCAAAUUGUGCACACUGUCCGAGUCCCUGUGAACUUUGAAAGCUAUGCAACUUCAUACAUGCAGGGUGCCCUCAAGACCACGAUUCGUCGAUUUUUGGGCACCUUUGCUAUUCGUGCAGGCGAUGAUUUUGAAAUUAUGGCCGAUGGAUUCAAGGGGAUUGACUUUGCCUCCAACCAGUUCUCUCCAUCUGAGUCUAUCAAGGGUGUUGUCGUCCCUUUACUCAAUAUGGGAAUGACUGGUCACUGGGAGUAUCUGAAUGCGGAAAAGAUUCACCUGAAUGCUGCUAGUAAUGACACCGACAUUGCAUUUGUUGACGGCGCCACGCAUAUGAUUGCAACUUGUUUGGAGUGUGAGAAGUAUCCUGGGUAA